AUGGCUUCGGAAUCCAAGCACCAAGUGAUCAUUGUCGGCGGCGGCAUCACAGGGCUCACCUUGGCCCUGAUGCUCCAGCACCUCAAAAUCGACUACGUCCUCCUCGAAGCGUACAAAAGCGUGACGCCCAACGUUGGCGCCAGCAUCGGCCUCUACGCAAACGGUCUCCGGGUCCUCGACCAACUCGGAGUCUACCAGGAUGUGUGCAAAAUUGCACAGUCUGCCAAACUUCACUUCGUCCGCGAUGGUGAAACCGGGAAGAGGCUGACGAAGAUGCCCUGUGGACCUAUGCUGGAGGCAAGACAUGGUUAUGCACCUAUGUUCAUGGAGCGCUAUGGACUUCUAUGUGUGCUCUACAACCACAUUCUUGAGAAAGAGAGGAUCAAUACCAACAAGAAAGUCCAAAAGAUCGAGAAUUUUGAAGACAGGGUUCUGGUACACGCCGAAGAUGGGACGACGUUUGAAGGCCAGAUCGUCGUCGGCGCCGACGGCGUUCACAGUUCCGUGAGGAAGGAGAUGUGGAGGAACGCAGAAGAGCAAGACCCAGGAUCCAUUCCAAAGGAGGACAGGCAGAAUAUCAAAUGCGAAUACGCCUGCGUCUUCGGUCUCGCCAAGCCAACACCGGGGAUUGCUCCUGGUGACGUGAUCGCGGCUGCUAAGCCUCAUUCGACAGCGGGCUGCAUGGGCGGCAGGAACCAUGAGAUUUUCCUCUUUUGGUUCUGGAAACUGCCGCCAUCCAUGCACUCCUGCCCGGUCGACAACAUCCCACGCUUCACCAAGGACGACGAACGCAAGGAGCUUGAGCGCGGAGGAGAUGUCAUCGUGGCAGACAAUGGCCUGCGCCUGCGAGACGUAGCAAGGAACCUCGAGCGGAGUGCUGUGACGGCACUGCCGCACUACGUCAUGAGGAGGUGGCAUUUCGGGCGUAUCGUCAUCAUCGGCGAUGCCAGCCACAAGUUCAACCCGCUUGUCGGCCAGGGCGGCAACAGCUGCAUCGAGUCGUGCGCCGGGCUCGUCAACGAGUUGACCGCCGCCCUGUCGAGGUCUUCUGGCGUGGCCGCGCCUGCCUGGCCUCUCGACGCUUUGAGCAGUGCUUUUGCUGCGAUAGAGUCUCAGAGGGUUCCCAGGCUUGUCGACAUGGUUGAACGCUGCCAGCAGGCUCAAUACGCAGCUGCCUGGGAUACAUGGGGAAUCAAGCUGCUCGCCAAGUACAUCAUUCCAUUGCAAUCAGACGCCAAGGCAACCGAUUUUUACAGCUCCUUCAUCACGGGUGGGAUGAGACUGAAAACACUUGGUCUGCCUCAGGUCGAGCACGAAUGGUCAUACGACGACGAAAAGGAGGGCAGCACUGCGGCUGUGAACAAUUCAAUGGUCGUGGCUGGAGCAUCCUUUGCUCUUUUUGCUGCUAUCCUUGCAGCACGCGCAGUACGGAAUGGCAGCGUAAGCGUUUGA